AUGGAAAGCGAAUUCUCUGAUAAAGUGGAGUAUAAUGCGUUUACCCAGAAAUGGUCAGAGAACACACAAUUAGAGAAGGGUGACAGUUUGGCGGAAGGGUACCGAGCCAUGGCUCAAUUCUGGAAUUCUGCUUACAGCUGUUUUACUUUCGAAAAUAUGGAUUUAACACCUACUAUAGAAGAAUAUACAACUUUGCUUAGAUGUCCGAAGUUUCAAACCGACAAGAUUUAUUCUAGAAUCAUCAAUGUCCCAACUUUCGUCAAGAGAUUGAUGAAUAUUACCGGGAUGAAUGAGCAGUGGGUUGUGGCUCGAGUCCAGCAGAAGGGUGAUGGGAAGUGUAUCCCUUGGGUAAGUUUGAGAGAGCUGAUUCUGACGCAUCCUGAUAUGAAGAGAAGAGUCGACGUCUUUGCUUUGAGUGUUUAUGGGUUGGUCGUUUUCCCUAAGGCUUUAAGGCAAAUAGACGAAGCAGUUACCAAUUUAUUUGACCAACUUGGUAAAGGGAUCACACCUGUUCCUGCAAUAUUAGCUGAGACUUUCAGAUAUUUGAAUACAUGCCGAAGAGCAGGCAAAGGCAGAUUUAUUGGAUGUGCACAGCUUUUAUUAGUUUGGUUCAAUAGCCACUUUUGGAAGAUGGAGAAGGUCUCUUAUCAACCCUUCCUUCGAAAUUUCUCUCAUUUGAAGGAAAUAGCAGCUACGCCGAGGAGGGACGAUAUAUCAGAGGAGAGAUGGAUGGCAAUACUUCAAAAUCUCCAAGAGGAUGAUAUCGAGUGGAGAGCUCUUUGGAUGGUUCCCGGUGAGAUUCUUUUCCGGUGUGGAGAUUAUGAUUGGGUUCUUUUGUUAGAGAUUUGGGGAGGCAUUGGUUAUGCCCUUUUCCUCAUAUCGAGGGUUAAUGAUAACAUUCUGAGGCCAAAUCUAGAAGAUGCUCGAUUGAUAAAGGAAUAUCUACGAGUCGUCCCCUUUGAGUUGGAAAUUAUAAAGCAAGACUUUGAAAAGAAAAGUUCGGAGUUAGAAAAGAAAAUAGAACAGUUGGAAGUGGAAAAGGUGUACUUGAAGCUGGAUGUGGAUGUUCAAAAGUCGGAGGCCGAGAAUUUGAGAAAAGGAAAGAGAAAAGUUGAAGAGGACCUUGCUAGCUUGAAGGAUUAUUACAAGAGAUAUCGUCCAUCAGUGAAGAAGGCUGGUUUAGGUAAAACGUCUGAACAGUGGAGGCAAGAAAUCCAAGAAGAAAAAGCUAAAACUAACCAGUGGAAGAAGAAGUUCCAUGAUACUAAGGCACGAGAGGUUGGGUUAGAGAAAAGCUUAGAUGAUAGUCAAAAUGAAAAGGAGAUGUUAAGGGCCUGGGUAGCUGAGUUAGAGAAUGCACUACACCAGCAUCGGAGUCGAAACUCGGUGAUUGAAUUAAAGGCCAGCUUAAGUAGGAUCGAGGAUUUGAAAGGAAAAGUAGAAGAACUGGAGUCUACACUUCAGAAUUGUGAGCUCCGAAUUGAACGACCGGAAGCAAAUAACGGUCAGUUAAGCGAGCAACUUCAUUGA